AUGGGGCCUUUGACACCGCAGCCAAGAAGCACGUCGGGCCGCACGCAGUUAGCCUGUGAGCCUUGCCGCAAGAGGAAAUCAAAGUGCGAUGGCGAGAGGCCCCUUUGCGGCAACUGCCAGGCUCAUCAUUUUGUCUGUCACUAUGAGUCGGCCCGGCCUGCACGACGACAAAAGUACUGGGAUCGUGACUAUGUACAGGCCCUGGAAGACCAGGUCCGCAUGCUGUCCGCAUCCCUUGAGCAAUCCAGAGAUGCUGGCCCUUUAAAGUCAUCGCCACAAACCUACCAGUUGUCGCCUUCAGAGGCUGCAAGCCGGCUACCUUACGGGCCUAAGACACUCAGAGCACUGAGCGACUUCAGCACCAUGAAAUGGGCCGCCAUCAUCGGCCAGGACGGUGUGCCUGUUCUUGCUGGCCCAGGCCGGUUCUCCAUCUUCUCGAAGACGCAGCUGCCGACGUUUGAGAACGAGUCCCAGCCUUUGCGGGUGCCGAAGCCGCCAGCCCCGACUGAGACGUUCUUGCUGGAGAUUGAAUCCAACUUGAGCCUUAAGCAACAUCUAAAGACGCAUUUCCUUGAGAACUUGAACCCCUUUUACAAGUUUGUCGACCCUAUCUGGCUCAACUUCUCUGACCUGUUCCCACACAACGACACAGCGCUUCAGCUGCUCUACAGCGCUCUCUUUGGCGCUGCGGCGUAUUCGUCGCCUAUGGCCAGCAGAGACAUGGCAGAAACAUUCAUUUCAUACGCAGAGAGUCUCGUGCAAAAGUGUUAUCUAGAGCACUUGUGCCUCCCUGUGCUGCAGGCCUUGAUAAUUCUGGCUUGGUAUAAGCAUAUGCAGUUAGACUCUGCCAAAGGCAACCUAUAUCAUUACAUGGCCAUUGGUUUAUCCAACCAUCUAAAAAUAGGAGACGCGACACGGCGCAAUCAUACUGCCAACGAGAUUACCACUAUCAGAACCUUUUGGUCGUUAUAUUUCUUAGACCGAACCGCAACCCCCAAGUUGGGAUGCCCAUCGGGGAUUCCGUGGGAUAUUGACCGCGUCACUCCUUAUAUUGACACUAUACCGCCGGAUGCGGUUGAUAUAGUUGCCCUUGCCUUUGACCAUCACUGCCGGCUGUUUCACAUACAGCAGCAAUAUAUUGAUAUCAUGUACACGGCGGGCUUUGAUAGCGCUUCGUCUGCAGAAAAGCAAGCCAUAUUCGCCAAAGCAAACAGCGAGAUGCUAAAGUUUCGGAAGCAAAUCGAUAAACGCCUCUACAUUAGCCGUAGCACGAAAGCUCACAGGGUCCAAGUUGUCUUCUGGAUUUCCUACCACUCCGUCUUGACCAACCUCCAGCGCCCGCUCCUCAACCCCUUUGACCCAAGCAUGGCUCACAACAUCCCGGCAGUCUUUCGAUCUUCUAUUGCCUCCGCCACGGCAAUUGCUCGGCUUCUCCGGGCUCUACAAGCGACAGACGAAAUCAAGUAUCUGCCUCCGUUUGCCGUCCAGCAUAUACUCCGAUGCGCUUUGGUACACGGCCUCAAUUGCCUAGCCAUUGAAGAAUCAGGUGGCCAGCGAGCGUCGUCUGGGAACUUUUGGUUGUGCUUCCGGGUGCUGGGGGAGCUGAGCAUUGUUUGGAAAGAGCUCAGCGAGGGCACGAUGCCAUUUGCGCUUAUGGCUACGAGGAACUGGGGGUUCCAGCAGGAUGUGGUAUCUGGAAUAGGGGAAGCGGACAAGGAGAAAUAUAGUGCAGACGAUGGAUACGAUGACGUUGACUACGGAACGGGACUGGGCAUGAGCGAUGAUUUUUUUGAAGCCGGGGGAAUAACGGAUUUUGUAUUAUAGGCAUUAUAAAGGAGUUUCUUAAUGGCAUCAACUGAAAUGGAAAUGCG